AUGACAGACCAAUUCCCCAGUCUCAUCAAGUCGGCUGCCGAGACCUUCACCAACGAAACCACGGCCUUUGCACAAAUUAGGAUCGAGAAAGGCGUAUUCAAAGCGCGUUUGCAAGCUGUUGAAAUUAUGCAACAAUUCGUGGGUGAUGUUACGUUCGGGCAGGAUCCCAAGGGUAUCUUGUUUUACAAGCACGUUUUUGACUUUGAGGUCAGCCAGGUCGACUUCACCUACCAGAAGUACUCUGGCCCUGGAAGCCUCGUAGCCAUCAAGAUCGACUUCAAAGACAAAGGGUCCACCAGGGCCUUCGCCACUACACCAGCGUAUGAUUUUGUAGUCGAUCGUUUUUAUGAUUUAUCGUUGACCCAACUUCAGAAAUAUUCCAUUCCCCUCAAUGCUAGUGCUGGGGGGGUAGGAAGAUGGACCCGAUUCAAGGCCGCGACAGCCCAAGUAGACGCCAUCAGGCAACACGAUGCUACGCGUCUCUACCUCCAACUCCCGCCUAUCGGGAGAGAGGUAUACUUCGAGACCAACAAAAGAUCAAGUCUCAAGUCGUCGGGUAUCCUCAUUUUCCGCGAUAUUACGAAGCUCACAGACAGGCCUCUCGCCCCGGAGGGUGAUGAUAGGCAGCUGUUGGCCGAUUACGCUCCCGAUAGGAUUGUGUUCAGUCUCAAGCAAAAAGUUCCUACGGAAAGGCCCAAGGAGUUUGCUCUGUUCCUCCCCGUCGACCCGUUGAGAGAUGUUGGUACUGUCGGCGUUACGCAGCCGGCCACCUACUGGCGACCAUUCGAACCCGACCACGGCUUUGCAGCCUUUUCUCUGGCAUCGCCCGAGGAACCCGAGGAGGCUGAACAGGCAUAA